AUGAGCCAUAAAGGACGGCAGGGAAGGAUGAGCGAGUGUUCCGGAGCAGCUGUAUCCGGAGUGGUGAUCCUGGAGGAGCCUGAGGUUUCAGGGGCAACCGGGGGCCGUCGGGAGGGCCAGGCCCAGGAUCAAGGUCCCCUCCGCUGUGCCGUUUGGCCACGCCAGCAGACAUGGCUGUGUGUGGUCCCUUUACUUAUCGGUUUCAUUGGCCUUGGAUUGAGCUUGAUGCUGUUGAAAUGGAUUGUUGUUGGCACAGUGCGGGAUUAUGUGCCGACGGACUUGGUGGAUGCUAAUCGAAUAGGCCAGGAUCCUAUCUUCCUCUCCAAGCCAAGCGGGAUUCCCAAAAGUCCCGAUACUACCACAACUACGAUUACUCCCACAGCUGAUGGCGGGAACCCAACGGCUAGAACUGUAACUGUUGCUAAAGGUAGAGCUCGCUCAACCGCUACAACCACUACUAUAAACCCCAGAGGAGGUGGAGCCUCGGGGAGCCAAGUAACCCCUCGGAAUCAUGGAAAUCGUAACGGACGUGGACCUUCAGGUUUUACUACAACCACAGCAGCACCAAGGACCACCUUCAUAAUUGGAGCAGCGACAUCUAGCCCCUCUCCGUCCAAUCCGACCGUGCUACAUGACUCAACGCAGAUGUGGACCCCGGCGCAUACUACUACUGAGACCGCCUCCACUACGCUCACCACCCGUACACAUGGCCACCGCAAAGCACCGUCUCCGACCGUCCCUCCGCUGCACUCGGAGCAUUUCAAACCCUGUCAUGAGAAGGACCUGGCGUACUGCCUGAACGCCGGCGAGUGCUUUGUCAUCGAGACGCUCAGCGGGCCCCACAAGCACUGCAAGUGUCGGGAAGGCUACCAGGGAAUCCGCUGUGACCAGUUUCUGCCGAAGACCGACUCCAUCCUGUCCGACCCAAAUCACUUGGGCAUCGAGUUUAUGGAGAGCAAAGAGGUGUACAAGAGACAGGUGCUGUCACUCACAUUCAUCGCCAUGACGAUCAGCCUCCUGGGAACGCUGUGUAUGGCCCUCUACUGCCGCAACAAGAGACGCAGAGAGAAGCUUCAGGCUCAUCUGAAGGAGAGUCGCAGUCUGAAGAACUACUCUGCAAACUCCCACAAUCCCCUGGAGGCCAAGACGAGGGCCCAGAACACCAACCUGCAAAUGCACGAGUUCUGCAAGCGCUCCUCGCCGCCUCGCCAGGGAAACGUGUGUGACUCCAGCUUCGCUCACUGCAACAUCACCGCCGCCGCCGCCGGGACAGCGUCCAGCAUCUCCAGAGGCACCGCCAAACACCACAGCCCAGAUCAGAAAACCCGGGCAGCCCAUUGGUCGGCGUCCCGCAGGACCCCGCCCAUUCCCAGGGGACGGCUAAAUCCAAUGGGAGUGUCCAAGUUUUCAGGCCCCGCCUACCAACACCUGCAGGAAGUCGACUCCACCGAGAAGGAAGCUGAGGCACAAAGACGAUGCCAAACACAGGGAGGUAAGCCGGGCGACGACCCCAGACAAGAUGCCCUCCUACAUAUGCAAGCUGCUGUUUCCAUGGAGACGACGUCCCUGUCCCCUUGGAGCGGUGGCUCUGAGGUACGUUCAGGCCCGUGUGUUCACUCCGAGUCCAACGACUCAAGUCCUGCCACCCGCAGCCUGCGGAGGCCCGGCCGCCGCCAAGGCCACUCCCCGCCUCCUCCCUUUCGCUCCUGCUCGAUCCCAAUCAUCCCUUCCGUCCAGUGUCACCAUGACAACGAGGUGUCGUGUAUGCAAACCAGUGUCACUCCGGCAACCGUCGCAAAGUCCGUCCCCUGCGGAGCCACGCCCUGCAAGGAUGAGAGGAGAGGGAGGGCGGCGCACGUGGAUUUGUCGUCUUCUUCCUGCUCGCCCGUCACUGGCCAGCAGCAGGAGGAGGUGUCGCUGCUGCUUGAGGAGGCGCAGGAGCAGCUCAGGGCGCUGGCCCAGGCUCACAGGAAGCAGGAGGAGGGCGGGGUCAGCAGCGGCGGAGUGGCGGCGGCGCCGGCCAGAGAAACAGUUUGCUUCCUGAACCUUACGGGAGGAAGCGCUGGCGUGCUGAGCUGUAACAGACCCACGAAGACCCAGCUGCUCAGCCCCAGCCUAUCACACAGAGACCUGGGCCACGCCGGCCAAUGA